AUGGAUGGUCUAUCAGGUUUCAGUUCACGACGGGAGUCGGAGUCAGUUCACUCGCAGACUUCUGAGGUGGACCCGUCUCGGCCCAUCGCGUUACGAAGAGGUGUGGCCACGUCGAGCAUCGGCGACGUCUAUGUGCCCAAGUGCCUCUUCACGCUGCAUAUUGGAACCGUGGUCUUGUCUGACGAGGCGGUUCUGAACUCCCGCGACAAGACGCUGGUGCUGACGUGGAAGUUCUACGACCAGAACAUAGCGAUGACGCGCAUGCGCGCCGGCCGCGUCGUGCUCUUCGAUUUCUCCACUGAGUACGACAUCAAGAUCACUGAUGAUUUCCUGCACUAUAUGAAACACGAGGAGAUGCCUAUCGUGAUCUGCGAGUUGGACAAGGAAGACCAGCCCUUCGCCAGUUGCGCGCUGCCGCUCAGAGACGCACUACUUCACACGAAUAGAAGAGCUGACAUGUCGCUCGCACUGGUGGCAGGGCCGCAGAUGCUGCGGGCGCGGGCGGCGGAGGGCGCGGCGGCGGACGCGCUGGACGCGCGCGACGAGAUGGGCGUCAUCGACCUGUGGUGCAUGCUGCGCGCCGACGCCAAGAUGCUGUCCGGCAUCAACCUCGCCAUCGCACAGGUACACGUCACUACACACAUGUGCGGCGGCGGACGAGAGUACCUACACCCAUCGGUCCCCGAGCCCGAGUCCAAAGCAUACCACGUGCGCAACUCGCGCGUCAUGCCGCAGAUCUUGGACGACGAUCAUAAUGACCUAGAUCUGAACCUCGUCAAGUCCACCCCGGCCACGACGCUAGAGCCUACUGUCAAGAAUUACGGGAGCAGCAUUGUGGAAUACGCGCGUUCUUCGAGCUUGUGGAGCAAUCGUGCCAAGCCCGCCCCAGCGCCUGCUCCCGCCUACGCACCUGCGCCUGCACCCGCGCCUGCUCCAGCCUACGCCUCCUCCCCUGCCCCCAACUAUGCCUCUUCUCAUACGCCCAACUACGUUCCCUCCCCUGCCCCCAACUACGCCCCCACGCCUGCCUCGGCCCCAGCCCCAGCCCCGGCCCCGGCCGCGCCCGUCCCCGUUGACGCGCAGACGCAGACUCCGAGCGCCCCACAAACCGCCAACAAGGCUGAGAUGAUGUACGAUCCUAGCAACUACCCGCCCGUGAGGUCCCGUCGCCUCAGCUGCGUGAGCACGGUGACGGCCGGGGGCCAGCCGGUCCCUUUCUCCCCUCCCGCACAGCCGGUCUUCGAUAAGGAUGACCCGGAACAUGAUUCCGGUAUUAUCAUAAAUGAAGUGCAAGCAAAUAUUAAAUCUCCCGGAGAUAUGAGACAUGCGUUAGAACAAAGAAGCGGUCAAGCUCUUAACGAAAUGGGCAGAGGCAUGCGUAAAUCAGAAGAAGACCUGACAUCUCAAGCGCAAUCCAGCUUAGGAUCACUAUCGCGAAGUGACAACCCACAGCGUGCAGCAAUUCAAAAUAUUCAACGAAACAGUAAGAAUAGCACAGACACGCCUACUAAGGAGCAGGGGUCUUCCAUGGAAAUAUACAAGAAGUAUGAAAACAUAAGCAAGUUGAUUGGAUCAAACAAGGACCAAUCGAAGAAGAGUGUUAAGAUAGUGCCGAAAUACAUGGAGACUGACAAUGAAGAACCGCAAAGGGACGUAGGAGAAGGCUGGGCGGAAGGAGCCGAAGACGAUCAGGAGCGAACUGGCCAGAACUUGGACAUUACGGUGUUAUGGCUGGCCCUAAACGAGGAGUGCGAGGCCAUGAUAGACCCGCACGUGCAGAGAGUGUAUGUGGCCUACACCUUCCUCGGCAGGACCGGGGCGGAGCUCGAGACCCCCAUCAGCCUCCCCAAGCCCAAACACUAUGUCGAUAAGUGCUACUUUAACUUUAGGAAGACCUUCGAGCUAGAAGACACAGACCUGCUGAAGCUGAGCCACAUGGCUCGCUGCCGCGCCGCCAGCAAGAUGUCGGAGAACGAGAGGGACUGCAUCGUGUUCUCCGUCGUCAGCGAGCCGCCUGAGGACCCGCUGGGCCUUGAGAGCUGUGAAGAUAUUGGGUACGCGUACCUGUACCUGGGCGACCUGCUGGCGUACUCGGCGGGCAGCCCGGGCUACACGGAGGUGAUCCCGGUGCGGGCGGCGGGCGGCGCCGCCGUGUGCGGCGUGCUGGCCGUGCGGCUGGACGGGCUUGACGUCGUGCGGCGCUGUCUGCUGCUGCCCUCCAGCGAGAGGGACGCCGACUGGGAGACCUGAGGUCAGUCACCGUGUGCCGCGUGCUGGCCGUGCGGCUGGACGGGCUCGACGUCGUGCGGCGCUGUCUGCUGCUGCCCUCCAGCGAGAGGGACGCCGACUGGGAGACCUGAGGUCAGCCACCGUCUAGUGUUCUCUAAGGCAAGGAGAUCAGCCAGCUGCGCAGGACAUGUUAAA